AUAACAGCUCGCUCUAAAGGACUUCCUUACAGAGCCCAUCUGUCUGGUGUACUGUCCAAAAGCAAUCAUGAAGUUUGUGGCUGUAAUUGCUGCGCUCGCCGUCAUUUCAGGCUGCCAGGGGCGAUUCCUGUUUCAGGAUGAGCCAAGAAGCCGCUGGGAAGAGGCUGUGGAUCAGUUCUGGAACCAUGUUUCUGAACUGACCACUAGAGCUGAGGAAAUGAGGGACAACAUAAAGGCCACUCAGCUCGGCAGAGAAUUAGACACACUGAUCUCUGACAGCAUGAUGGAGCUGCAAAUGUACAGAGAUGACCUGCACUCCAAACUGGCCCCUUACGCUCAGGAAAGAGCCCAGAAGUUCAACGAAGAUCUGCAACUUUUGGUCACAAAGCUCCGCACACACAUGGAGGAGGCGAAGGAUCGUGUCACUGAAUACACCGAGGAGCUCCGGACCAUGGUGGAGCAGAACUCUGAUGAGCUCAAGAACAAGGCUAACUCCUACGCCAAGAAAUUAAGGAAACGGUUUAACAAGGACAUCCAGGAGAUCAACAAGAAAAUGUCAACAUACCUUGAGGAGGUUCAGUCCCGUGCUUCUCAGAGCGUGGAGGAUGUGAAGGAUCGUCUGGAGCCUUACUUCACGUCAAUGCACGAGCGUGCUCAACAGAAGCUGGUGAAUCUGGGAGAAGCGCUGAGAAGCCAGGCUGAGGAAAUAAAGGAGAGACUGGAGUCACGAAUGCAGGAGCUCAGAGAUCAAAUUGAGAAGACCAAAGAGAAUGUGCACAACACUCUUCAGCAAAAGGCAGAGGAUGUACAAAAGUGGUUUGAGCCCUACGUCUCUCAAAUCCAGAAGCAAAUGGAGCCAGUCUGGGAGAGCCUUUAAUGCCAGUGAAUAACCUCAUUCAAGACUUUCUGAAAUAAAGCUAUUGGAAAUGUAAAGGUGAUGUGAAAUUGACCAACAGAACUACAUGUAUGCGGCUACAGACAGUAGCCAAUGUAAGCUCAAUAAAGAACAGCAUAUACCACUGUG